GGCCCGUCCAGGGUCAGAUGGCCGGCCCAGCCCAGGCACGGGGCGCAGCCAGCACCCGCUGCCUACGACGACGACACAUACUUAUGGCCCACGAUGGCUCGCAGGCUGCGAAUACCCUCUUCCUUUCUCCCUCCCAGUCGCAUUUACGCGCUUCCUUCGCUCUUUCUUCCGCCCAUCUCGCAUUCCGACACUGUCUGCUGAGCCGACACUCGUUUCCCCAUUUCAGCAUUACCACGUUCCGCUUCUCGGCCUCCGCCUCAUCCACUUAUACGCAACUCAGCAGUGCUGGAAAUUUACGCAAAGCAACACGCCUUCUUAGCAACCUUCAAGCACUCUUCCAUAUUUCAACCGACACCAUAACAUAUCCUCCAGCAACAUGAAGUUUGCCACGUUCUUCGUCUCUGCCGCGGCCCUGGCCGUCUCCGCCGUCGCCGAGCCUGUCCGCAUUCCCCAGGCUCACCGGGUCCGAGAUAUCGCGGCCAUCGAGUCUGCCGCCACCUCUGUUACCACCGCCAUCAAGACCCUUACAAAGUCUGUGGCCGCGUUCAGUGGCGACUCGAUACAGGUUGAGGCGGAUGCGGGCGCCCUUGUCGCUUCCAUCGAGAUUGGCAUUGAGGGCAUCGCCAAGUCUGGCGACCUGGAUAUCACUGGCCUUGUCGGCCUGCAGAGCUGCAUCACCACCCUGACCGACGCCGGCAAGGACCUCAUCCAAAAGCUCACCAUCAAGAAGUCCCAAUUCGAACAGGCCGGCCUCUGUGGCACCGUCGAGAAGUUCAUGAGCGAGAUUGGCGAUCAGUCCCAGAACCUGAUCAAGACGGUAUCGGGCCUCCUCCCCGAGCAAUUCCAGGGUGUCGUCGAGCAGGUCGGCGGCGCCGUCGCCGAGACUCUCCUCAAGGGUGCCACCGCCUUCUCCGAGUCCAACUGCGUCGACAACCCGGCCGCCAACACCUCCAAGAGCCUCGUGCCAUACCCCACGGGAACCCUCACCUUCUCGGCCAUCGCGCCCGUCCCCACCACCAAGACCUCCACCAUCCAGGUCACCGUCACCAGCUGCACCAACGCUGUCACCCAGACCUCCAUCUCCAUCGUCAAGCCGACCACCAGCUUCACGCCGUCCGUCGUCCCGCCCUACACCGAGGUGCCCCCGGCCGCUAGCAGCACUGUGCUCAUCACUGCCCCCGAGCCCACCGUCAGCACAAGCUUGACUGUCGUCGUGCCCCCGGCGGCUUCGACCACUAAGCCGGCCCUGCCCGUCACCUCCAUCCCCAUUGCUGCUGGGCCUCGUAACGCCGUCGGCGGCGCUGGCCUGGUUGCCGUCGCCGCUGUCGUCGCUGCGAUGCUCAUCUAAGUUUUGUGUAUAUGUGAUGUAGCUUGGAGGGAUUGAAGUCGUGGGUUUCGCCAAGGGUCCUACACCUGCAUCGAGCUGUAUCUUUUGCCUAACGUGAUUUAUAUUUUUCUUCUUCUUCAUUAACCCUCGUUAAUCCCACCAACACAAGAAAAGCAUAGCAUCAGCCGCGCAACUUAUGUUUUGGGUUUUUCUGAGUUUAUAUACAAAACAGAUACAGUGUUCGAUCAGGGGUGGGGAUUGCUUGGCACCCUGGCAACAUGCAUGGUAGCCAUCAAAAUUUUGCAUAAAUACAUGAGCUUAUUACAUGCGAAAA